AUGGCAAAAACCCUAAAAUCCAUCCUGUUGAUUCCUUAUAUCGCUCUAUUGUCCACCAUUUUGUGCUACUGCAAAUGCGAUAAUGCAAGCAGCAUGAGUGGGUUCACAACAGAUCUCAUCCACAGAGACUCUCCCCUUUCCCCUCUGUACGAUCCUUCCCUGACGCAGGAGCAGCGCCUCGCCAACGCCAGGCAGCGAUCACUCGCCCGGUCGAGACGGUACGCGGGCAUCCUGUAUGGGCUGAAGGUGACGCCCGAAGUGGCCCUCAUUGAGGAUAGAGCGACAUACCUGAUGCAGUUCUUCAUGGGCACCCCCUUGAAGCAAGCCAUGAUGCUCCUUGACCCCGGCAGCAACUUGAUCUGGACGCAGUGCCUCCCCUGCAAGAGAUGCAAACCCCAGCAAUUCCAACUCUUUGACCCACAAUCCUCCACCACCUACAGAUUUACCCGCUGCGACUCCGUCGCCUGCAGGCCUUCGGGGUACUGCGACCCGUGGGGGAAGAAGUGCCUGUUCAAGACUAACUACAGGGAGGGGUCGUACUCGAACGGAUUGGUGGGGACAGACACCUUCAGCUUCCACUCGGGGGAGAGGGGGCUGAUGAGCUUCCCUAAGAUCGUGUUCGGGUGUGGAGUUGACAACUACGUCAGUUUUGAUGGGCGUGAGUCCGGCAUCGUGGGGCUGGGAGUGGGGCCGAGCUCGCUCCACAACCAAUUAGGAUACGACAAGUUCUCAUACUGCCUCGUCCCAGCGACAGGCAAGUUCGAGACGAGCACGAUGCAUUUCGGGUCGGACGCGGUGGUUUCGGGUUGGGGAGUGGUGACGACGCCGCUGGUGGAGAGGAGCGUGUUCCACUACGUGAGGCUGGAUGCGAUCAGCGUGGGAAACAAGAGGUUUCGAUUCGUUAGCCUUUGGCGAGGAGCCAACAUGGCGAUGGACUCGGGGUCGGUGAUGACGCUGCUUCCGGUUGAAUUCUACGAUGAAUUGGAGGUGGAGAUUGCGAACUCCAUCCCGCAGAGGGCGGUCAGGGAUUUUAAAGACUGGCGGCUGUGCUACUCGGACAAGUUCGUGAUGCCGAAGAUCACGGUGCAUUUCCAAGGGGCGGAUGUGGAGUGGAAGCACGAGAAUGCUUUUGUUAGAGUCAAUCAGGAUUAUGAGUGCUUGGCGAUGGAGCCUACCGACGAUGGUUUUCAUAUUUACGGCGGCGUUGCUCAGGUUAACUACUUGGUAGGAUUUGAUGUCACCAGGAAGACGGUGUCCUUCAAGUCUGCUGAAUGUGGAAGAUAG